CAAAAAUGUUAGUUCUUUACAGCAUUAUCACCAAGACUGGCAAGAAAAAAGACUUUCUACAAGAUUUUGGAUUGUCUGCGAGACGUUUUAUUUUUUUCCAUUUGUGAGGUCAAAGGUGACUGAUAUUGGACAUGAGAGAGGUCCCAUCUUUGGUCAAGGGGCUGCGGUCAACUUGAUGCACCAUGACAUCUAAAAGGUGGAAGCACAGAAUGGUUCAAAGAGGAAUACAAAAUUUGCAGCAGGAACUGACAGGUCAAGCCCAACCUUUGAUUGAUGAAAGCAUUAAGGGACGUGUCAAAAUGGUUUGGUCUACUGUAUAUUGUCUGGUUAGACCACAUUCGUUAUGCAAUAAGCCCGGUCUUGUUAUCGCUUGCCCUUUUAGCAUCCAGGGCAUGAAAAAAGGGGGGAGUGGGUUCAGAGAGACAUGCACACGAUAUGACUCAGGUCACAAUAGCUUCUAUUUCUGUUGAUGCACUGGGGUUAUCACUCCACUUGCAGCCACUCUCUCUCCCUCUCUCUUCGUCCAACACUCUCACUUGCUUCUGCAAAAAUCAUGGCGGACAAAAACAGUCGGGUCAGUGUUAAGCGGAAGGAGAAGAAGGUGGAGAAGGUGGAGAAAAAACCCAAUGAGGAGAAGGAGAAGGAAAAGGUAAAAGCUGUGAAGAAGCAGCAGGACAAAGUUGUGAAGAAGCCAGAGACGACUCCUGCUUCAGUGGAAGAGGAGAAGAGGAACGGGGAAGCUGGAGGGGCAGCAGGCGAGGAGGCCAAGAAAAGCGAUGGAAAUGGAGAGUUUGAGCCUUAUGAACUACCGCCGUUUGAGAUCGUCGUAGGGGAACAGAUGAGCCCAUUCUACUUCAAGUUUCAGUUCAGGAAUGUGGAAUACUCAUCCGGGAGGAACAAGACCCUGCUGUGCUACCAAGUAGACACGCCAGGAGGCACCACAGAACCUGUGAAAGGUUAUAUGGAGGAUGAACAUGCCACAGCUCAUGCUGAAGAGGCUUUCUUUCAGCAGGUGCUCCCUAACAGUAACCCGUCGCAGGAAUGUGGCGUCACAUGGUACGUGUCUUCUAGUCCAUGUGUGGCUUGUGCUACUAAACUGGCCAACAUCCUCCAGCAGCGCAAAAAGGUCCGCCUGUGUAUAUUCUGCUCCCGUCUCUUUGACUGGGAAGAGCCAGAAAUAGUGGAGGGUCUCAAGGCGUUGGUGAAUGCUGGCUGCAAACUGAGGAUGAUGAAGCCUUCUGACUUCCUGCAUGUUUGGGAGACCUACGUCGAGAAGGAGGACCAGACCUUUACACCAUGGGAGGACUGUCAGGAAAACUACGACUUUUAUGUGGAGAAACUAGCUGACGUCCUCAAGUAGACGUCCACAUGUGGAAAAGGUUUAGCCACACCAGGAAUUUGUGCAGGUUGAACAACUUUCCUACUAUCAAACCUGAUGAUGCAAAGUUAGAAUGAACAAGUGAUGGUAAAAUAUUUUUAUUUGAAUUAUUUCAUUGGAAGAAGCAAAGUUUAUUGUAUUUUUCUACUACAGAGUAAUUUAUCACAUAUACGGGCCACGUCAUUCUUUGCAAUUACAGCCAAGGGUAUUGGAGAGCCAAAUUGAUCAGGUUUAAUCUACCGCGCUCUCGUGUUUGUAUGAGGAAUCGUGCCCGGUUUAAAGGGGACCUAAGAUGAUUUUAAUCAACAUCAAACACGUACACUUCCUUGACGUCUAGAUAACGUGUAUUGAAUACAUUUUGGAGUAAAUGUUGCUCCACAACCACUUUUGUAAUCUCACUUUCUGAAUAUAUCUGCAAGCUGUUUGUUUGUGAAGGUGUUCCCUUUCUACCAUCAUUUUAUCUUUUGCAAAUAUACACUCUUAAAUAUAUAUCUUGAAGACUAACUUAACCCAGGCAUACCCAUCCAUCCAUCCAUUUUCUACCGCUUAUUCCCUUUGGGGUCGCGGGGGGCGCUGGAGCCUAGCUCAGCUACAAUCGGGCGGAAGGCGGGGUACACCCUGGACAAGUCGCCACCUCAUCGCAGGGCCAACACAGAUAGACAGACAACAUUCACACUCACAUACACACACUAGGGCCAAUUUAGUGUUGCCAAUCAACUUAUCCCCAGGUGCAUGUCUUUGGAACCAGAUUUCGCUAUUUUUCUAUCCAAAGUGGUAAUUGUUUUCGAUGUCUGUAUAAAUCCGUUAAAACAAUGCGUAUUGUCCAAAUCAUGCUGCUUUCUUGGUGUAGUGGCUGGCUACGGGGUUCUAGCCAAUGGCUUUGAAUGGGGGGCGGGAUUUCCGGGACAAGUGAUGUGUUGUUGUGGAGGUGAGAGUUUGUGUGAGUUUUCCCGUUAAGGAAUGAGACGUAUGUUGAGCUCUUUGUACAAGCGUGUGGCUCUUGUCAAAUAAAUGAAGGCAAACUGGGAAUUUGUCACAGCCUCCAUUCUUGGAACAUUACAGUAUGUUUUAAUCGGUGUCGGUUGCCUCCGUCGACAUUCGGGAACGCUCGGAAAUGAAAGUAAAGUCAAGUAGCUACGUGCACAUAGACACAUUUAAUUGGAUUAUAAACCUAACCGGAAUAAAAAUGCUUCAUGUAAACAAAUAUUCUGACCCGCGCAUACACGUUCGGAUCAACAUUUCAUUCCGACUGAGACGGGUGUUUUAUGCCGACAGUCAUUCGGAUAGGAGCGCGUGAAAAGACUUUUUCCUAUAUAUGGGUUGAAAAUAUUUUGACUGCACAUGUAUUUGA